UGGCUUCUACCAUAGAGAAGGGCGGGAGAUAGAAAUCCAGGAGCGCGCAUCUCAAACCCCGGGCUCUCCUCUCCUCCAGCUGGUCACAAGCAACAACCCUACAUCCAACAACACACCUCAGUACCGGGCCUCCAACCACCGACACUGGCAGACCCCUUAAAGACAACAAAAACGCGGAAUAAUACGAGGAUAUAUCGGGAAAUAUUCAUGCACAUGUCGUGAAGCAGCUGCUGGACAAAUCAUAAACAACAGAAAAACAGAGGGAAAUGUCUCGGUGGCCGCGCGGAGAGGAUAGUGAGGAAGCCAUGCAUCAAGACACGGAUUCUGACGUGGCAGAGCGAGGAGACGGUGGGAAAGUGAAGGUGAAAUGGACCCAGGAGGAGGAUGACAAACUCAAGGCGCUGGUUCAAAAGCUGGGGACUAAUGAUUGGAAACACAUUGCCAACUACAUACCAAACCACAGUGAACCCCAGUGUCAGCACCGCUGGUUUAAAGUCUUGGAUCCAGAGUUGGUGAAAGGCCCUUGGACCAAAGAGGAAGAUGAGAAGGUUAUAGAGCUUGUGAAUCUGUACGGAAACAAACAGUGGGCCACGGUAGCCAAGCAUCUGAAGGGCAGACUGGGGAAGCAGUGCAGAGAGCGCUGGCACAACCACCUCAACCCCAACGUGAAGAAAUCAUCAUGGACGGCAGAGGAGGAUCUAAUUAUCUACAAAGCCCACUGCCUGCUGGGAAACCGCUGGGCCGAGAUCGCCAAGCUGCUCCCAGGAAGAACGGACAACGCAGUGAAGAACCACUGGAACUCCACCAUCAAACGCAAACUGGAGAUGGGUUUCUACGCCGGAGAGGUGUUCGGUCCGAACGAGCUUGAAGAGCUUUUAGCCCGCGUGAAUAAAGACGAACAGGUGCUCAGUUGUUCCCAAGACGGUCCAGAAAAGGAGUCUGAGCAGAGAACGCAACCUUCAGAAACGCCCGUCUGUGUUAAAGUCGUCUCCACAGCAGCAGGACCAGCGAUUUCUCCGUCGUCUCCGAGCCAGAGUCUGAGUCCUAAGAGCGAAGCUCAGAGUCCAGGAGAGAUCAGCACCAGCUGGGUGGUGGACAGCUCCGGCUUCCUGUCUCCCACCGGACCCGUCCUGAAGGAGGUGCUGGACAUGGUGGACGGGGAUAUCGACGGCUGGUGUAACCUGGAAGCCUUCGACCUCCCGGUGGACAGUCCGAGUCCCGAGCGGCACCAGUUUCGCCUGGAGGGCAGCGCCUUGCAGGAGCUGAGUAAGAACAGCAAAGGGGAGCUGAUCCCCAUCUCUCCGGGGGGGGUGACCCCGCCCUCCAUCCUGACCCACAGGAGCCGCAGACGCAUCGCCUCGUCCCCCGACGGGAACAACUCCAUGACUCCCAAAAGCACUCCUGUCAAAAUCCUGGCCUUCUCUCCCUCUCAGUUCCUCAACAUGUGGACCAAGCAGGACACUCACGACCUGGAGAAUCCGUCGCUCACAUCCACGCCCGUGUGCAGCCAGAGGCCCCUCGUCUCCACCCCUCUGCAGAGAGACAAGACCCCCCUCACCCAGAAGGAGAACUCAGUAUUUGUGACACCCAACCACAAGUUGGAUCUGUAUACGACCCCACGAACUCCGACGCCGUUCAAAAACGCCAUGGAGAAAUACGGGCCUCUGCAGCCUCUGCCUCAGACUCCCAACCUGGAAGACGACAUAAACGAAGUGAUCCUGAGAGACGCUGGGAUCGACUUUGUGUCCUUGAGAUCCACUCCUCCUGAGCAAAGACGCAAAACAAUGCAUCGGGCUCCUAUGAAGAAAGUGAGGAAAUCCCUCGCUCUCGAUGUGGUCGACUGCCAUGUGUCGAAACGAAAGGCCAUCAAACUGGAAGCCAGACACAACAUCAAGGAAGAACCCAUGAUAGUUUCUCUCAGCUCCUCGUCGUUCUGCAGCAAGCAGCAGGACAGUAUUUUGGAUCAGGGCUUCUUGAUGGGACCCAGUGACAGCGACAUAUUCCCCAGCAACGUGCCUCCAGCUCCAAUGUCUAAAGAAUGGGAGACGGUGGUUUGUGGGAAAACUAAAGACCAGCUCUUCAUGACGGAGAAAGCGAGAUGUUACCUCCGCUCGUUAAAAUCUCACUCCACCAACCGGGCUCUUAUUCUGUCCUGAGACGUCUUCAAACCAACAUGCACACACUGCUGCUGCUGUUGUUGUUGUUGUUUUUCCCUGUAAUGUUGUAAUAGUGUCAUGUGUACUCUAUUUUCUGUCCCUAACAAUCAAAACACUGAUAAUAUAUAGCUCUAACUUGAGAGAGAGAAUGGUGCUUUUAUAUUUAAUCUCACAAACACCAAAGGCUUUAAAAAACAAGUCAUGAAUCACAUACGGUCACUUAAGAAAGAACAAUGAAUGGAAAAUGGAAAAAUCACGGCUACAUACUUUAGCUAUCACUGAGAAGACAUGUUUUUUACAUAAUGUGUGUGUAAUUGAACAGUUUUUUAAAGUUGUGAACAGUACAAUGACUCAGGUCAGGCCGUAUAUUAAGUAUUGUUUGUAAAAAAUUGAAUAUGGAGGAUAUUCAGACGGCUUGUUCAGAAAUGAGAUGGGGGGGGGGGUUCAUGUUGAAAAAUGUUAAGUAAACAUUGUCUUGUUGUACAAAUCAGUUUAGCAUGUGUGUAGAUUUAUGAUAAGCAUCUCAAAUCAAAGUGAGGACUUCAGAGUGAAAAGUGACUGCAGUUCCUCGAGGUGACUGACUGUUUGCAUGUCAUUUCAACACAAUGGAUGCUGUACCAACAUUGAUGGCAAGAGUAUUAUGUAUUUUGGCACUGUUUGUAAAUAUUUAGAGUUGUAUGUUUUUUAUCAUACAGCAUUUUGUGAAGAAAUGUAAUAAAACACAAUAUGUCCGAUUCACA